AUGGAGAGCAACAAUUCUCACAUUGACAACUCGACCUUCAGUGGAAAUUCAACCCCUGUCAAUGUGCCAACAGAUGUAGGCACAACUGAAAGUAUUGUUGGAAUCGAGGAACUACGGGCAGCCUACCAAGAACUUUAUCAUAGAUAUCUUGCUCUAUUCCCUACACAAAACGUGAUUCCAGAAAGAUUUGGAGGCGAUGAACAGGAAAUUUUGGAACGCCACGCGCAAAUUACUGCUAGAUUAAGAUUAAUGGCUUUUCAUUUAAGCAUUAAAGUCCAUACAUACCAAUUGCCCAAGUCAACAUGUCUUGAUGGCAAGGAGCGUUGCUCCAUAUGCUUGGAUGACUAUUACGACAAGGAAAAACUCACUCAAAUCAUCUGUGGUCAUUUAUACCAUUUUGAUUGUAUUAGAGAGUGGAUCAAACUCAAGAACUUUUGCCCUAUUUGCAAGAGGGAUGCAUGUGCAAGAAUCAAUUAAAAUUUUCGUUGGGUGGACUA